AUAAAUUUUAGGAACGAAAAGAGUAUUUGUUCCGUUGGGUAAUUUUUGUUUCGAGAAUCGGAUACAGGAAAACUGGGAAAGCAUAAUAUAAAAUUCGGUGUUACAAAGAGCUUCAUACAACAUAGUUCGUAUUCCGUAAUACGAAACAGUUUUGUUAAAAAAAAAAAAAAAAAAAAAAACAUAAUACGAAACAGAGUACAAGGUUGAAGUCAUUAACUAACCAUACCAUAAUAAUCAGUGUACACUUGAUAGUUAAUACUUUCAAUGGAUGAUCACCGUUCUCUCUCCUUGCUUCAGUUCAUGAAAGAUGGUGGUUUGGUGCCGUCUUCUGAAGAAAUACUCAAAAGAGAAUCCAUCAUUCACAGCCUCAAGAAGAUUGUUCAGCAUUGGAUCACAAAAGUUGCUUGGCAGAGGAAACUUCCUGAAAAUUUAAUUAGAGAUGCAUCAGCUACUAUAUUAACUUAUGGAUCUUUUGGUCUUGGGGUUCAUAAUUCAGAAUCAGAUAUCGAUGUUCUAUGUGUUGGUCCUGGGUUUGCUACUAUGGAAGAGGAUUUCUGUAUUGUUUUAUACAAUAUUCUCAAAGGCAAACCUGAAGUGUCUGAAAUCAAUUGCGUUAAGGAUGCUAAGGUGCCGUUAAUGCGAUUUAAAUUUAAAGGUGUCGCUGUUGAUAUGCCGUAUGCUAAACUUCAAGUUACGUCAGUUCCUGAAAAUGUGGACUUGCUGAAUCCAGUGUUCCUGGUCAAUAUUGAUGAAACUAGUUGGAAAAGCUUAUCUGGUGUACGUGUUAACCAAUGCAUCCUUCAACUUGUUCCAAACCUGGAGAAUUUCCAGUCAUUGCUGCGGUGCAUCAAGUUUUGGGCCAAACAACGUGGUAUUUAUGGUAACCUGUUUGGAUACCUCGGAGGGAUACAUUUAGCUAUAUUAUCAGCUUUUAUUUGUCAAACGAGUCCAGAUGCUUGCUUAAGUGCCCUUGUUAUGAACUUCUUUAACACAUUUGCCAGUUGGCCCUGGCCUACUCCUGUUGCUCUGCAAGAUGGAAUGAUGCCAGUUUUGCCAGAUGUGACUGAGAAAAGAAAUUGGAUACCUAUUAGACUGCCUUGUAGCCCAUAUCGAUGCUGCCAAUCCAACGUCACACGGAGCACAUUCAACCGAAUCAGAGCAGAAUUUCUUCGAGGGCAUAGAAUCACCCAGGAGAUCCUGCAGCCUGAUUUUGACAGAGAUAGUUUAUUUGAACCUUACAUUAAUGCUUACAGAAAGCUGUAUCCCCGUUUUCUCAAAAUCUACCUUUUAGCUUGUGCAAAAGAUGGUUUGGGAGAUUGGGUCGGAUGGGUGAAGUCACGUUUUCCCUCCCUCAUCUUGAAAUUGGAGGAGAUCCGUGUUUCUUGUGACCCCAACCCCACAGAAUAUGCUGACAUAGGAAAUGUAGACUCAGAACCAAGUGUGGUUUUCUACUGGGGCUUGACAAGAUGUAUGGACAUCAAUGUAACUUCACUUGAGAAGGACUUCAGGGACAGUAUCACUAACAACUACCGAGGAUUGCCAGGGAAGAUGGAACUGAGUAUCGUGCCAGCUUCAGAGCUGCCAGACAUUUUGCAGUUUCCUACCAGAAAAACAAAGGGAAUGAAAGCAUGCUGGAAAAUUCCUGAAUAUGAUCAACAAAGAAUCCCUGUGUACUCUAGGCAUCUUCCGAACUAUUUCAUUGGUUAUGUAGCCAGUGAAGAAAAGAUAUGCUAGCAGUUGGAUAUAGGCUUACACAAUCAGUUAGUGCAAUUUUGAUUCUUUUUUUUUUUUUUCCCUCCGAUUUCUUCUGAUUUUAUAAUGAAAUUGACAGAAAAAAGUUAAUAAAAUUAACAAUAAUUAUUGACUGUUA